UUGAUGAGGUGGUGAUGGAUGUGGUGGGCCCCUUGAAGCUUGGAGCUGCUGGAGCAGAGUACUUCCUCACCAUUGUGGACGUCUACACUCGCAUGACUUGGGUGUAUGUACUGCCCAAGAAGAGUGACGUAGCUGAAACGGUGAAGACCGAUUGGUUGCCGAUGGAGUGGAAGGCGGAGAACCAAGCGAAUAUUGGUGUGCGGCUUGGAGAGGUGAAGAGGACCGGCUUGGAGCAUGUGGAGCUGCCCUUGGAGCUGAGUAGCAGCAGCACAAUCACGAGGCAAUCUCCCCAAAUGAAUGGGGAUGAGGAGGAGGAGGAGGCGAUUUCUUCCAAGUGGCUCUUCAAGCGCAAGACCGACGCCGACGGCAACAUUGAGCGCUACAAGAGCAGACUUGUAGCCAAGGGGUACCAGCAGCAGGAGAAGAAGGACUACAAUGAAGUGUAUGCUCCUGUGGUGAAGGGUACAACCCUUCGAACUCUCUUCGCCGCGGCGGCCAUCAAAGGAUGGGUGGUGAAGCAAAUGGACAUUGUGAAGUGGCAUUGGGUGAGGAGCAUGGUAACCGCGGGUGAAGUGGAGUUGCACUACGUGAAGACGACGGCGCAGCCUGCUGAUAUGAUGACCAAGAGGCUGGUUGAGCAGCAGCAUUGGAAGUGUUGCAAGCUUGAUGGGAUGGCUCUGAACUAAGGGGAGCAGAUUCUAAGGCCAACAAUCCAAGGGGGAGUUUGUUGGUGCAACCUUAUGGCUUGCACUCGGCUUGUCGUCCUUGUUUGUGUGUGUGCAUGCAUGGCAUGGAAUGAAUUGUGAGUCUAUGUCAUUGCUAUCCAGUGCUUUUGUGUGUGUUUGAAUGGUGUAUCACAAUGUGGUUUGUGUCGGUCAAGACAUUAGCGAGUUUUUACAACUCGCAUGUCAAGUCGUCGUUUGUGUGUCGCAUGUGUUUUUUCUAUUUUGUCGAGUGUGAAGUGUCCAUCGUGUCGCAGGUGUGUGCAGCAAGCCCCCAUCAACUCAAGAAGAAUUUAUCUUGCAGAUCCAAGAACAAGAGCUCAAGAUUUCAAGCCCAAGGGACGCGGAUAAAUAUUAAAUAGUGAAAAUAGUAACGUUACUUCGUGUAGUGUUACAUUUCACUUGGUGUAGCCCCUUGGAGGGUUGGUUUCGAGACUCUUCAUGGUUGGGGACUCUGUGGUGGUGUACCACCAACCUGGACCUCGGCUCUUGGGGUAUGAAGAGGCUGGGAACCACAUCCCUCUCGAACUCUUCUUGCUAAGUUUUGUACUUCCAAGACUAUAGUGGCUCCUAUACCUCCUGCCAGUCAAA